UCUCCUCGAGAAGCACAAUUUGUCCAAAUUCAUACCAAACUCCACCGUCCCUACCUAUUUUCCCCUUUACGUCUCAAUUUCUUUCCUAUAAAACCCUAACAUCUCCCCUAAUUCUCAAUUUCCCAAUCAAUCAAAUUCCCAAAUUCUAUUUCUCUCAUUCAUAUGGAAGCUCCAAUUCUCAUUUCUUCAAUCCCUAAUCUCUUCUCUUUCUUCACUUUUUUUCUCAUCAUUUACCUCGUUGCUUACUUCAUCAUCUUCCGUUCAUGGAAACCCAAGCUCCGUCCAGAAGCUUCCAGCUGCGCCAUCUCCUUACUCCACGGCACCCCCGCCGUAUUCUUUGCCGUUACUUCCCUACUCGCCGACCCUGAUCGUGACUUUCACUCGCCCAACACCCCUUUACAAAACCUCGUCCUUGACUACAGCAUUUCCUAUUUCUUAAUGGACCUAACCCACUACCUGAUUUUUUACCCUAGUGAUGUUCUCUUCAUCGGCCACCACCUCGCUACCCUGUUCGUUUUCGUCACGUGCCGGUACGUGGUGUACCACGGAGCGUAUGCGAUUCUCGUGCUUUUGAUUCUUGCGGAAGUUACUAGCUUCAUACAGAACACGUGGACUCUCGCGAAUGCUCGGAAAUCGGACGUGGAGUUCGCUGCUAAGGUUUAUGCUUUACUUUCGCCUCCGUUUUAUGUUCUGUAUUCGUUGGUCAGAGGUAUUGCUGGGCCGUAUUUUGUGUAUAGGAUGUUUACGUAUUAUUUUAGUGGGGCUGCUAAUAAUGUGAUACCUAGAUGGAUUUGGAUAUCUUGGGUUUUUGUUGUUGUUACUGCUAUUUCCGUUAGUAUACUGUGGAUUUCCAAUCUUUGGGUUGAGUUGUAUAGAGAAAGGAGUAGGGAACUUGAGAGAAAAGUUAGGUGAGUUGAAUAUUACUGUGUGUUUACAGAUUAAGCAUAUAUGGAUUUGAUUGAUGAGAUGAUAAUUGAAGAAAAAUCAAAUCUUUUGUUGUUGCACUUGUUGCAUUAUGCAGUUGUGGUGUAUACUGGUGUUGGUGCUGCGGCAGAGCCAGGAAUUCUAACUUGGGGAUUAAAAAAAUGCAAAAAUGCAAUACCUAAAAAGAUUAUGUUAAGGGGAUUCAACAGUUUAUAUAUACUAGAAAGUUUGCUUUUGCGCUAAUUGCACAGUGUAAUUUCUGGACGAAAGGAUGUUUAAUUGAAUGAACUUUCUUACCUUUACCUCCACUAUUCGGUGUUGGAAGGCAUAACUUCAGGAUUAUGUUUUCUCUAUAGCUUUUUACACUCUUAAAUUACCUACAAAGAGUAGGUAGAAAACAAUUAAGUGAUAUGCAGAAUUAAAUUGAAGGUUUUGGUUAACUU